CCUUGCAUACACCCAGGCAGAAAUACCACAAAGAAAGCGAAGAUACAUCAAACAAUGGCCUCGUUGAUCUCAUCUUUAAAAUACCUGACAUCCCCCACGCACCCUCCAACACUGCACACGACACAACCCACGCUCUCAACAACCACGUACACAGUCUCCACACGCCGACCUUCCCAUCCAGUCGCAUCGGCUCUCAACACCAUUUUCAGGAUCCUAAUCGCGAUAUCGGUAUCAACAGUUGUAUUCCUGCGUGUCCGAGGCGUCGACUUAGCUUUAGAAUGGGGAGUAAACAACGCAUGGGCAGUACGAGGGAAUGACGUGCUCCAAGAAUGCGAGGGCGUGUAUGUGUAUAUCGGUGCGGUGGCGGUGCUGUGGGGUGUUGUGCUGAGGAGGGGGUAUACAGAGGAAUCUUUGACGCUGAUAACGCAUCUCGGUCUGCAAACUUCGACGACGUCGUCGAUUUACCUUCGCGCGCCUACCACGCGUUUUAUCCCUACGACUAGUAUCCAGGAUCUGUUCAUCCAUGAAGCGUUUAAGGGGUUUGAGGUCAAGUUUUAUUUGGCGGUUGUGGUGAGGGGUGAGAAGGAUGUGGUUGUUGUUUUUCCGAGGUUGAUGCCCAGACGCGGGAUUUUGGAGGUUGUUUGGAGAGGGGGGCGGGAGUGCUUGUGGGGGGUUGGUAGAGGGGGGGAGGACGGGAAGUGA